AUGAUAUAUUUCACUAUAUACUUAAACGAGAGCGGAUUCAUUCGAUGGGAAAACGAUAAUCCCAAACAUCCACGGAACUGGUCAGGCAAAGCAAAGGCGUACAACACGGUCAUUAUCCUCCUACUUGAGUUUCUUACCAGUGCUGUCGGUACGGCAGGCACCGCCGCAGCCCAGGAAAUGCAGGAUGACUUCGAUGUUGAUCUAGCCCUAUCUAUCUUUUGUCUCACCUCAACCUACCUGAUCGGCCAAGGGAUCGGGGGUGUGUUUUUCCCUCCGUAUUCCGAGAUCUUUGGCCGCAAGACACUCUAUAUUGUAUCGACAUUUGUCUACUGUGUCUUCUCGAUCAUCACGGCUAGCGUCCACGCCCUCCCAGCCAUCAUCAUAGCUCGCUUUCUGUCUGGAUUGGCGUCCGCUGUGCCCACGAUUGUGGUGGCUGGCAGCAUCGAAGAUCUUUUCAACACGAGAGCUCGUGUGUGGAUGAUCUUUGUCUGGGCAGUGAUUGGAAAUGCUGCUGUCUGUGCUGGCCCCAUCUACAGCGCCUACGUCACCCAAUCCGUAGGAUGGCGCUGGGUGUUCUACAUCGUCGCCAUCUGUCUGGGAUCCCUGUUGGGAUUCUGUUUCACGCUCCGGGAGACUCGUCCCAGCUUGCUACUCGAGCGGGAAGUGGAUGUGUUGCGCAAGAACCAGCCCACCAGGGAGUUCAAGAUACUCAACCCGGACAUGGCGCCGGACUUCCACACCCUGAUCGUAGUGACUCUCCUGCGACCCCUGCGCCUACUCUUCACCGAGCCUAUCAUCAUGGCUGUGGCUUUCAUGGGUUCGAUCACCUGCGCCCUAUUCUACCUCCAGGCGGAGUCAAUUCCACUCGUGUUCGAAGCCUACGGCUGGUCAACCGCCACGGCCUCCCUGGGCUUCGUGCCUGUUUUACUCGGUUGUCUCUUUAGCUCCCUCACCCGAUUCUAUGACCACCACCACCUGGAGAAGAUCACCAAGGCCGGAACGGCCGUGGAACCAGAAGACAAACUGAGAGGGUUCGCGCUUGCCGCACCCUUUCUUGCCGGUGGACUUUGGCUGUUCGCCUGGACUACCCCCCCGCUCACCAGCGUACACUGGAUGGUGCCUAUGGUCGCCCAGUUCUUCGUCGGCUUCGCGCUGAACGAAAACGUCUACACCCUGACCGGAUACCUAGCGGACAGCUACACCAUCUAUGCGGCGUCGGGCUUUGCGGGCCUGAUUCUGGCGCGAGCAUCGACAUGUGCUAUCAUCGUACCCUUCACGCGCGCCAUGUACGUCAAUCUGGGCUACAAUGUGGCGACGUCGAUCCUUGCUGCGAUCGCCACCCUGUUCUGUGCGGCCCCGGUGGUGUUUAUUCGGUAUGGGAAGCAGAUCCGUGAGGCGAGCGUGUUUGCGCAGUUAAGCUUGACAACAUACCGGGAGAAUAAGGUUGAGGAUGAUAUGGAUAGUGUUUGA